UGCCAACGUAACUACAACAUAACUUUCUCUCUCUUUCUCUUUCUCUUUCUCUCUCUAGAUGCUCUCAAAACCCCUUUUCUACCAUACCCACCUUCCAUUUUUGUUCUUCUUCUUCUUCUUCUCUCUUUUAAAUUAAAUUAUUCUUUUAUAAACAUAAAUUCAUCUCGCAAAUUGCGCUAAAUUAAAACACAACAAAAAAUAAACCUAUAUUCAAUUAUUGAAGAACACAAAUUUCGUUGCUGACAUUUUCACUUUUUUCACCUACUUUUCUUAAGCGCGUUUUUUCGCUUCUCGUUUUUUUCCUCUGAUCCUCUCUCUAUCUUUCACCAAACUCGAUGAGCGAUAUUAAGGGAAGAAGUAGCUUUUGUAUGUUGCCAGAUGUGAGACAAAUUUGCUUUAGAAAAGGGCUUCUAUAUGGAUUCAGUCGAGUAUUUUCCAUACCAUUGAAAACACUCCGUGGCGCUAGUCGGUCGCUUCGGGUAGAUCAAUUCUGCAGUGUUGUCAAUAUUUCGUCCUCGUUAAUGAUUGAAGUGGUUCCGUGCUUAAGGGACAAUUACGCGUAUCUUUUAUAUGAUGUGGAUACGGGGACUGUUGGUGUUGUUGAUCCGUCUGAAGCUGCGCCGAUUAUAGAUGCUUUGACUAAGAAAAACCUGAAUUUGACGUACAUAUUGAAUACACACCACCAUCAUGAUCACACGGAUGGAAAUGCUGAGUUGAAAGAAAGGUAUGGGGCAAAGGUAAUUGGUUCUAAUGUAGACAAGGAAAGAAUUCCUGGUAUUGAUAUCUAUUUGAGUGAUGGAGAUAAGUGGAUGUUUGCUGGUCAUGAGGUGCAUAUAAUGGCUACUCCUGGCGUCACCCGAGGUCAUAUAAGCUUUCACUUUCCUGGAUCUGGGGCCAUUUUUACAGGAGACACCUUGUUUAGCUUAUCUUGUGGCAAAAUUUAUGAAGGAACCCCGGAACAGAUGCUGUCUUCACUUAACAAGAUCAUGUCGUUGUCAGAUGAUACAAGUAUAUAUUGCGGUCAUGAAUAUACAUUGAAUAAUUCAAAGUUUGCAUUAUCCAUAGAGCCUGAAAACAAAGAACUUCAGUCCUAUGCUUCACAUGUAGCUCACCUUAGAAAUAAAGGCUUGCCCACGGUUCCAACUACACUGAAGACGGAAAAGGCUUGCAACCCAUUUCUUCGCACAUGGAGCACAGAAAUCCGACAAAAACUAAAUGUUGCAGCAACAGCAGAUGAAGCAAAAGCCCUGGGUGUUAUUCGACAAGCAGAGGAUAAUUUUUAAAUUUUUUUUUUCAAAUACAAAUUUUCAUUUAUACAAAUGUGUAUUGUGUAUAGAUAUUAGGUUAUUGAAGCCACCGACAUCUAAUUUUCGGUGUCUUAACAUACUUUCUCGAUUCUCUCUAAGUUCAUUCCAGAUUUAUUGAUAAAAAAUUAGAUCAA